AUGGAGAACUCGUAUGUUGAAAUUGAUAAUUCCGAAAACUCAUACACAGAAAUAUCGCCUAUACCGACCGAAGUUCAAAUCGAAAAAAUUGAGGAGAGCACCAAUCGAUUGAAACUUGCCGAAGGUGCGUUGAAUUUUGAUUAUAUACUAUUUUAAGUUCUCUAAUUUUCAGAAAAUCUGGCCUUAUGUAGAAGAUCUUUUGACUCCAACGAAAAAAUCCUUCUCUCAAUAUGCGACUUAAUGUCCAUCGUCAAAGCGAAUUUCCAUUCAAGACAUUUUGAUUCGUCAAUUCUUUUCGCUGAUAUCCAGAAAAAACUGUUCGACUGGAAAAAAUCUAUUAAUGUGAUACAAAACAUUCUGAAACAAAGAAUGGCCCGUCUCAAUAUUUCCAACGAGGAAUUUUUGAAUGAAUUUGUGGCGCUGAAACAACAAUUAGCAGAUGAACAAGAAUUGUUAGUUAUUAAUUUUAGAAAUGAAUGAACUAAUCUUUAAAUUUCCAGUGGCGUACUGAUUUUCGGAGACUUGUCUUCGCUCAAUCAAGCUAUUGAGGCCGGUUAGUUUUUUUUUAAUUUUUUCUUUCUAAAAAUACAUAAAAAUUGGCGCCUUGCAUCAAACCAAUCUGCCAAAAUCCACAAAACUUAUCUAUGAAAUUAAAUGUCAAGACUUUGUUUUUUUUCUGCUGCGGAUCAAUUGUGAUUGCGCCCACCCACGAAAAAAUGAGACUACGGUAAACAAAACUUUAUGUUGGUGUUUGCACACUUUCUGAUUUUCUUUUUUUGCCUUUCGGUUCCACUGGUAAAAUACGGCUUGUGUGCUGCAGGCCUACUGCAGAUCUGCAGGAAAUGCGUGCCAGCUGCGCGUCUGCUGCAGAUUUCAAAAAAUUUUGCAGAUCUGCAGCAGACGAGCAAAAUUUUUUUUGCAGAAUUUGAAAAACUCAAAGUUUUGCGGUUGAAAUUAAAAUCUCGGGGAAAACCUGAAUAGGGAAAGAAAAGUCGAAAAAAAGCUUAAAUAAUAGAAAAUCAAAAAUUUCGUUUCGAUUUUAAAUCUUGGAGAAAAAAAUGAAUUUAAAAAACCUGCUGCAGAUUUCAGCAGACGUCGUGCAGGCGUCGUGCAUGUGUUCUGCAGUAGGCCUGCAGCACACAAACCGUAUUUUGCCAGUGUCUUUCGGAACCUGAUUCUGCUUGCUGAUUAACAAAGUUCCAAUUUUUCAUUGAAAUUGAUUUUUUCCGUUUGUUUAUAUUUCUAUUGAUCCAAAAAACAUCAAAUUAUUUUCAACUUUUAUACGUGAAUUUUUAUAGUAGCAUACAAAAACUGAUGAAAUUGUAGAUAUUGCGGCUGCAUCUCAAUGUAUUCCAUCAAAACGACAAACUUUGGACGAAGCUUAUGCUCCACCUGCAAAUUUUCUGGAAAUUGAAGUCGUUAAUCCGAUUACACAUGGAGUUGGGAAAAUGCGCUAUACUGAUUAUGAAAUUCGUAUGAGAGUGAGUAAAAAUGAGAGAUUUGAAGAGAAUAAUUGAAUUUCCAUUUUCCAGUCAAAUUUGCCAGUUUUCAAACAAAAAGAAUCGAAUGUUCGCAGAAGAUAUAGCGAUUUUGAGUGGCUUCGCGGAGAAUUGGAAAGAGAUAGUAAAGUGAGCCGAAAAAUUCUGAGAACCAGUGAAAAUGUCAUUUUUUGUUCAUUCAGAUUGUUGUUCCACAAUUGCCCGGAAAAUCGUUGAAACAACAGCUUCCAUUCCGCUCGGAUGACGGGAUUUUUGAGGAGGAGUUUAUUGAGAAUCGCAGGAAGGCACUCGAAACAUUCAUCAACAAGUUGGUUUUUGCUGAAUUUUUGAGGGGUUGGAUGUCGCCUAAAUGACAUGCUCAUGGUUUAGAGCAAGAUAGUUGAAUUACUGGAUUUUAAUCAUAUUCAUAUGAUAGGCAUGGCUUAAGACAAUUCGAAUGAUGUAAGUUAACUUGUUACUUCUCAACGCAUAUCAUUUGAAUUGUUUUGGACCUGCUUGUCCUAUGAAUAAGAUAAAAAUCUAAUGUUUCAACUCAAUUAAUUGUUGAAAAUGCCAUUUAACCAACGACCAACUAUAUCCACAAUCAAUUUUAGUCUUUUUUUCAAAAUGAUGACGUAAUCGAUUAUUCACAAAGCUCUUCUAAAAAAAAGAUAUAAUUAAAAGCCCAAAAGAAUAAUGUUUUUCUUUGCAGAGUUGCUGGCCAUCCACUUGCUCAAAACUCUUUGCGUGUGUUUUUACGUGGAACUUUGGUGGACAAAAAUCAGUGUACAAGAAGGAUCUUUUUGGAGAAAAUCAAUAAUGUAACCGGGGAACGCGAAUGGGUUGUCAAGGACGAGGAUUAUGAUAUGGCACAAGAAUUGGCUAGGUACUUUUAUUGAUUCUAGAUUCUCUAGCUAGAAAAAAAUGUUUAGAUCUCGAUUUGGUGAUAUGAUCUUGGAUUUUGAUCGAAAUGAUAUGUUCCUUGAAGGUUUGAAGACUUGUAUCGAAGAAAAGAAACGAGAAAAUGGAAGAUGUCAUGUGCUAGAUAUUGGAACUGGAACUGGAUUAUUAUCCCUAAUGGCAGCACGAGAAGGAGCGGAUAAAGUGACAGCACUGGAAGUAUUCAAACCGAUGGGAGAUUGUGCACGACAUAUCACAAGUCAUAGUGAAUGGAAGGAUAGAAUAACAGUGAUAUCGGAAAGAUCGACUGAUGUUGAUGAUAUUGGUGGAGAAGCGGCUGAUGUGAUUGUUGCUGCCAUUUUUGAUACGGAAUUGAUUGGCGAGGGAGCGUUGAGAACGUUUAAGGAAGCGCUGAAGAGGUUGGCGAAACCGGGAUGUCGAGUUGUUCCGUCGACGGGAAAUGUGUUCAUUGUGCCGGUGAUGAGCAAAUUGUUGAAGAAGUUUAAUCGGAUUCCGAGAUUCGAGGAGGAUGGUAGGUUUUUGAUGGAUAACAUUUGAUUUUUCUGAAGGAAGCACAGGCAUAAAUUCUUGACUUUUUAAAUUCAGAAAUGCCUGUCGCAGAAAAAACAAAUUUUCGCGUGAAUCGGGAGGCGGGAUUUAUUUUGCAAGAUGCGGCACGUUUUUUUUCAAUGAAUAAUUAUUUCUGAUUUUUUGCAUUUCGAAAUUUAGUGAACAAAAAAAGAUGAAAACGAAAAAAUAAUUUUAAAAACGUGAAAUGUUUAAUCGUGGCAGGGGGCGGAGCCGACAGGAAAAAAAGUCAGAAAUUUAUGCCUGUGGGAAGGUCCAAAUUCAGUAUUUUUAGUAAAAAAAAAAUUUUUUCAGAUUUUACUAUUUUUUGAACGUAAAACGUCUCAAAUAGUUACUUAAUUACCCGUGAAUAGAAUAAUUGUAGAUAAAAAUAAGUUUUAGUGCCAACUUAAGGCUGAAAGUCGAAAUUUCAAACUUUGUUUUCCGGAUUUUCCGGUUCAAAAAAUCCGGAAAUUUUCCGACUUUCUGUUUUCCGGCACCGAAACGUGAACCUCUUUAAAAAAAUGAAAAUGUUUUCACUCAAAAAACAUUUUUUUUCUUAUGCAGAAAAAAUCGAUAAAAAUUAGGCUGACAAAAAUGAGGUAAUGUGGUAUUUAAAUACAACAUUUAUUUUUUACACGUUUACAAAAAUGCAAUUUUACAAUAUGCAAUUUUACAAUUUUACCCAUUUGCAAAAAUACCAGAAUACAACCUUUUUUUCUGCCUUGGCAAAAAAAAUCAUCGAAUACAACAUUUCGCAUUUUUCCAACACGAUUCCACGUGGAAGCAAAAACAAAAUACAGUGAACCUCUUCCGUUUAUUCGAUCUAGAACAAAAAGUCUAAAAUGCUCAUUCUCAAUUAAAUUUUGUUCAACUGGAUAUGGUGUAAAUUGGAUGGUGGAAAACCGUUUUCAUUCAGAGCAAUUUCCAAAUUCAGAAAAACUGAGUUUUGAAAUUUGUCAUAAUCGAGGCUUCAAGGCAAAUAUCACUGCCCUUUUACAUGAUUUGGUAGCGAUAAAAAUGAUAAAUUAUUCGUAAAGAGCACAGUUAUACUAUUCAACUCGCUUUCUAUUAACACUUUAAUUGUUUCAAUAACAUUUUGUGAACAAAAAGUAACAGAAAUUGUUGAAAUUUUGGAUAAAUUUAAAAAAUGUUGUAUUCUGGUAUUAUUGUAUUCUGGUAUUUCUAAUAAAAAAAAUCAUUGCAUUCUGGUAUCAUUAAAAAAACGUGAGUUGUAUUCUGGGCGGCCAUUUUUGGCAUUUCUAAAAAUGUUGUAUUCUGGUAUUAUUUUUGCCAGCCUAAUAAAAAUAAAUAUACAAAAUUUUGUUUUGAUUAGAGAAACCGAGUUCUUCUGAAGCUCCGAAAAAAUGUUUUUUUUUUCAAAAUUAAAAUUUUAACACGUCAGGUUUCCAGACAAAGAUCCAUUCGGAAGCUGCCCCGGAACAUCAGCAGUGUUCGAUUGUCAACUAUCAGCCGUCGAUCCAUCGGAUUUCAUCCAACUCACCGAUCCAAUCAUCGCAUUCGAAUUCGAUUUCGAAAAUGCGGAUAAAAUCGUUUUCGAUGAGAAAUUUGUGAGGAAAGCGCUUGUGAAAAACGAUGGAAGUAUUGACGCGAUUUUGAUGUGGUGGAAUUUGGAUAUGGAUCGGAAGGGAAAGCAUUUUAUUGAUAUGGCGCCGAAAUGGGCGAAUCCUGGAUUUGCGGUGAGUUGAAGGCGCAGCUCCUAGACAUAUAGGUUCUCUAGUUUCUCGCGACUCCUUUCCAGAGUUGUUUUCUAGACGCGGAUCCUAGACAUACAGGUUAUCUAGGUGUGGGACCACGACAUAUAGGCACACCUCGGCCCAACCGUGGCUGGCCAGAGUACAAUUUUUUGAAAAAUCUGAAUUUCAGUUUUUAGAGGUCAAAAAUUGAAAAAUCACAAUUUUUAGAGGACAAAAACUGAAAAAUUCACGAUUUUUGUACUGUAAAAAGUUAGCGUACAAUUUUUUAUUGUGGAAACCACGAUUUUGGCUGGGGUGUGCGUAUAGGUUUUUAGGCGCAGGUCCGAUAGAGUUAGGAAAUCUAGGGGCAGGCCCUUUAGGGCGCCCUAGACAUUUUGGUUCUCUAGCCACGAGUUCUAGAUUUUUAGGUUCUUUAUGCAUCUAUUCAUUUGCGAAAAAAAACCGAAAAAAUGUAUUUUUUUUACAAUUUUUUUCUAUUCAUGAAAAUGGACGAAAUAAAUGUCAAUCGCGACGAGAUCCACACACAUUUCAAGAAGAAAAAACGAGCGAAAAAAAACAAGAAAUGAAAUUUUCGAAAGCAUGUAUUUUUUCACACUUUCUGCCUUGAAAUGAGUGUGGGCCUUGUCAUGAUUGCAUGUAUUUCGCGACAAUUUGUGAUUUUGGUGAUAAUAAGUUUCCAAUGGGGAUAUAUUCAGAAUUCUUAUAUUUGUUAUGGGGUGAGUCAAUUUUAUUUUUUGUCAAUUAAUUGACACAAAAUGUGAGUCAUUUUUGUGCAAUUUUUUCACGUUUUGUCGAUUAAUUCCAUCUUUUUUUGCAAUUAAUUCCAUUCAAAAAUGAGGCAUUUCUUUUACAAACAACCAAAUUUGAUGAUUUUUUGUUUUCACGUGUUCAUUUCUUUUUUCCUUUAUUUUUUAUUGAAAAACAUCAAAUUCUGAGUAUUUUUUCCAUUGUUUUUUUUCUCACGUGAAAAAAUCAUCAAAUUUGGUUGUUUCUGAGAAUGAGUGUGAAAUCAAUCGCCCUAAAAGACUCACUUUUUCGAUUAAUUCGAUUGACUCCCCAUUACAAAAAUUUACCCCAUUACAAAAAAAAACAACAAAACAAAAAUUCUUUCCAAUUCCUUUUAAUUAGUUAAUAAAUUAAUUUUUUCAGUGGCGAGAUCAUUGGAUGCAGGCAAUUUACUACCUCCCAACUUCAAAAACCAUCAAAAAAGGAGAUGAAUUGAAAAUCGCUUGUGCACACGACGAAUUCAGUAUGUGGUUCAGUGUUUCCGGAAAAUGCGAUCGAGGAUAUUGCACUUGUAUGAUGCAUUCAAUUAUGACUCGCCAAACCAUGUUCCACAUCAAUGAUAUUUUUGAAGAUCAGCAAUUUAUCGAGGAAAUUCGGAAACUAUCGAUUGAUAAACAUGUUGUAACUGUUGGCGAAGGAUCAUUUAUUGGAAUUUUGGCGGCGAGAUUCGCAAAAAGUGUGACAAUUUGUGAUAAUAAUCCACAUUUCCAUGCGAUUUUUCAACGAUAUAUCAGCCAUUAUAAUUUGAAAAAUGUGCAAAUUCUGGAGGAUUUGAGACAAAUUGAGCAGCAGCCGGAUAUUGUGCUAGCUGAGCCGUUUUAUAUGUCGGCAAUGAAUCCAUGGCAGAAUUUGAGAUUCCUCUUCGAUGUGCAAUUGCUCAGAGAAUAUUGGGGCAAAAGUUUGAGAGUUGAGCCAAGUUUUGGAUAUCUCAAAGGGUUGCCCGAGAAAUUUGAUGAUUUGCACAAGAUCUCGAGUGAUGUUGGAACUGUUAAUGGAUUCGAUUUAUCGUUUUUUGAUGAGAUUUCGACGAAAGCGCGAAAAGCUACAGAUGCUUUGAUCGAUGAACAACCAUUAUGGGAAUAUUCGGGAAAAUCGACGGGAAAUGUGAUUGAAUUAUUGCAAUUUGAUGUGAAUUCGAAAUUGUGCGAUGAACGAUGUGAUAUUGUUUUUGAUAAUGCUGUUGGGUUAGUUGGACGGGUUUUGUGGGCUCGAAAGUUGAAGGAUAUUUCAACCAGUAGGUCAUUAGGAUACUGUACUUAAUUAUUUGAUUUGGUAAUUACUGAUUAUUUUUAAAAAAUACAUGGAGACUCUGAAUCUCCAGAAAUUAGAAAAUAGAAAUUUUACUUUUUCAAAAAAAAAAUUAUGACCAUAUUCGAUUUUCUGAGAUCAAAUUUUAUUCAAUAAAAAAAAAUUCUGAAAAAGCUACUUUUUUGUGAUGUCCAAAGUUAAAAAUAUAGUAAAAAUGCGAGAAUAUAUCGUCCAAAGCUCGCCUUAUAUUCGAAAUUCUCUUUGAACUUUUUUUAGUUAGUUUUUUUCCAGAGAAACAAACGGGUUUCCAAUUUGGAUGGAUUGGAAAUUCGGAGAAUUGAACAUAUCAACUGGACUCCUAAAUGAUACACAUCAGCCAGUUGGAAAUGUGCCAAACUGGAAUAAAGGCUUCAAACAAGGCGUGUAUUUCCCCCAUUCUGAUCUCAUGAAACGCGACAAAAUUCGAUUGAAAGCACAUUUUGAUUUUGAAAAUGGUGAUGUUAAUUUUCAAUUUUUGAAUGUUGAAUAG